GUGGCAAGGCCGCCCGCCAUUGGCGGAGCGUGGAGGGGGCGGGGUGAGGAGCGAUGUGGCGCGCGGCGCGGCGGCUGGCGGCGUCUUGGCCGUCCGUGGCUGACGCUGUGAGGGGCAUCGGCGAGGCUCCUAUUUUCUUCUCAGUUUGUCACGCGUGGCCGCGGUUUCGUUCUCUUUACGCCCGGGCCCUGCCGCCAGUAUCGUUCUUCGUAAGGGAAACGUCGCUGCGGCCUGGAGACCGAAAGCGGCUGAGUGAUCCAUUCUCUCUGAUCUGUGCUUCUGUUCGGAAGAUUAAUACUGCAACUAUGCCUGAAAUAAACACAAGUGAUCUGGAUGAGCAGCAGGUACAACUGCUGGCAGAAAUGUGCAUCCUUAUUGAUGAAAACGACAACAAAAUUGGUGCAGAUACAAAGAAAAAUUGUCAUCUGAAUGAAAACAUUGACAAAGGAUUACUGCAUCGUGCUUUCAGUGUCUUUCUGUUCAACACGGAGAACAAACUGCUAUUGCAGCAGAGAUCAGAUGCCAAAAUAACUUUCCCAGACUGUUUUACCAAUAGCUGUUGUAGUCAUCCCUUAAGCACCCCACUGGAACUUGAAGAAAACAAUGCAAUUGGUGUUAGAAGAGCUGCACAGAGGCGAAUGAAAGCGGAGUUGGGAAUUCCACUGGAACAGGUCACUCCAGAAGAAAUCUUCUACCUAACCCGAAUUCACUACAAGGCCAAGUCAAAUGGAAUCUGGGGUGAACACGAAAUAGAUUACAUCCUUUUUGUGCAGAAGAACGUGAUGCUCAAUCCAGACCCCAAUGAAAUCAAAAGCUACUGUUAUGUGACACAGGAAGAACUGCAGGAACUCCUGGAAAAGGCAUCCCGGAAUGAACUUAAGAUUACUCCCUGGUUCAAACUGAUUGCAGAGACUUUUCUUUUUAAGUGGUGGGAUAACUUGAAUAACCUGAAGAGAUUUGUUGAUCAUGAUAAGAUAUACAGAAUGUAAAAAAACCAAUCCUCAUCUAAUAACAUAAAACAGUAGCCUUAUUUUUGUAGUACUGAGAAAUGACUCAUAUGAAGUAUCACUUGUAGAGUUGAUUGCAACAUAGAUGUUGAAAUAAGGAAGAGGUCCCCUGAUGGUCAAGAAAGUUUACCUAGAGAGCUUGUCAUUAAGGCUUGAACCUCCUCUUACUUGCACAUCUGAGAUGUUUGGAUUGCUAACAAACUGUCAACAGGAAUGCUUUUAUUACACACAACCACUGAGACCUGAACUUUGAAUACUGAUUGGGUCGCCUGUGUUGUACUCUCUUCCACCACCACCCAUUCAGUCAUACACAUUAGUUCCUUGGGCAGCACUACAUGUCACUAUUUGAAAAUGUGGGGAUGUUGGGCAGUUAUGGUAUAAGAAAAGUCAAUUAUUCAGCCAGAAAUUGUGCUGUGUGUGGAUGAACUCUGGUGAGUAUUUGGAGUAGAUCUUGUAUCUCGGGCCUAAAGACUACCCUAAUUCAUACUGAAGUUCUGUUGGGGAUUGUGGGAGGUGAUCGCGGUGUGAUGUACUUCCUUCUCUAACCAUCCCCUGCCUCCCCCAGGCAAGAAACAUUUCAUCCCUUCCUUAACUGGUAGAUGAUGAAAUUAAAGUACACUUGGAUGUGACAUGCUCUAAUAGUUCUGUAAGAGUAAGUUUUUGUAUUAGGAUAACUACUUCUGAUAUUUUAACUGCAAAAAGGCAAAAAAACUAAAUCAGGAAGGAACUCAUUCAAAUUCUAAAUGUGCCUUGCUUGUGUGAGUUAACAUGCUGUAAGAAAGAAAAACUGUAAAAGUACUGCUGAGUAGUUAUUCCAGAGUACUUUGAAGUGUGUCAACCUCUUCCUUUUCAGAUAAGUUAAAUCAAUCUCUGAAUCAAGUGUGGUUUAAUUGCAGAAUUGGGCAUUCUGUUGUGAUUUUUGGAAAUUGGUGUGUUUCAGUCAUUACUAGUCUUGUGAUUUUGCAAGUUAAAGCUUUUAAAGUGUAAUGGGGUAGGGGAUUUCACAAAUGUAUUACUUGACCAGAAAUUAAAAGUGAAAAUGUU